GGCGUUAAGAUAACAGUAUUGACAUGGAAUCGAUCAAAAGCAAAGCUCAUCGCAUAUUCCCAUCCAUAGAAUAAUUGAAGAUGCUCUAUCCGGACUAUCACGUCUUCAGUUUUAUACUUGAAGGAUUGCAAGGAAAGAUUAGAGGAGCCCGAGAGUUAUUUCAUCGUUCCAAGCAUAUCACGGAAAUGGAAGUCGAGCUUCAUACCUUAGAGCCACCACCCAGGAAAGGGAAUGGAACUGCUGGUAAUGGCACGGGGACCAGAAGAAUCCCCAAAAUCGGAGGGGAACCUUGAAAAUGAUCUCGAAUCGAACAGUUUCCUCUAUUCUGAAAGCCUCUCAACUUCAGUUUCUUGUCUGGUCUCCUGUUGGAAAGCACUACAUCGACCUGACAAACAUGAGCCAUAAUAUCUUGCUCGGUCGUUCACUUCGUUGACAGUGAAUUAGGUCUAUUCACGAAAUCUAUUUCAUUAGUAUGGCUGCUAAGCACAUGAAAUCUUUGAGAAUUCGAGGACGCUUGCGUUCUUGUACUAUCUAAGCAUCUCGGGAAACAUUCUUUCGAGCACCAUCAGCGUUCAUUUCGAGACUCACCCCCAAAUCAUCAUGGAGGCAAGUCAUGAUCCAGAGUGUCGAAGAGUCCUUAAAACAACCAUAAAUAGCCUCGAAUAUUUCUACGACGGCGAGCAUGUUACUUGUUUUGGGCACAGCUUCAUAAAAAUAUGUCUUGGCGAUGAUAAUCGUAACAAACCUAUUCAGUUCUGGAAGGCUCAGCUCGCAUUCCGAGGCUUUUCACCGAGAGAAAGCGAUAUCGAGGCUCUCAAGCAGCGUCUGGUUAAUUCUAAUACCGAUGGGCCGGAUACCGUAGUCGAACAAGGUAUUCAGAAAAUGAUGAGGGCAUAUCGCAAGAAGGAUCGUGAGAAUAAAGAGCCAGUGCACCAAGCUCAGCAGGCUCGACACGAGGAAGAGGGUAAAGAUUCUGAUCAGGAUUCAGUGAAAGACAAUGACGAGGGAGAAGAUCACACUGAAGAAUGCGACGACGAGGAACUUGACGACGAACUUGACGACGACGAACUUGACGACGACGAACUUGACGACGACGAACUUGACGACGACGAACUUGACAGCGACGAACUUGACGACGAGAGAGUUUACCUCGGAAUUUGGGCAACUACCGGACACUGAGAAUUAAAAUGCAAAACUAUAUCUUCAAACUACGGUCGAUCGGAACCCUACACCCUUGACAUCUUCUCUGUAGUAUGUACACAAGGCUUCCAAGUCUUCGGCCGUUUCAAUCUCGGGGAAUUCAAGGGUAUAAUCCGAUUUGCUCGGGGAGGCAACUCUGCUGAUCGAAACGAAUAUAUUCUGGAUCAAGAAUACGAUGUCUGGACUGCGGAUAUGGAUAGUACAAGAAUCUAUCGAUGGAGAGGCAAAGAUCGUCGGGACAUUAUUCAACUCGGCUCUGAUUUAUAUGCUUACACAAUGACACUCUCGCGUGCCGGUACAAGAGUCAACGGUGUCUGGGGUACAUGCGAUGGAGAUUCAGGAACCGUGGAGUUUACUGGAAAAAAAGUCUCGGAGGAAGACACAUUUGCUAGGGACGGGAUUCUACAGGAGUGGAGGGAUCACAACCAGCGUGCUUAUGAUGCGGUCAAUACGGAAAGAUGGAAAUGAUGCAUUGUGGGCAUGUAAACUGAAACAUAGAUUGACUGAUGCACUUGAGCCUAUCACUGGAGAUAAGGGCCAUUAUUGAGUUGAUAGCAGACCGGCGAUGAUAGGUAGCAAUUAAGGGAUGGGAUAAUGAUGGGAUGCGGUAGUUCCAUAGUGCAAUAUCGAUGGUAUGCAGAUGGGUCAAUCGUAGGAGUAACAGAUUCAUCA